GAAGAAUGAUUCACUUCUCAUGGAACUGGAAGUAACAAGACAGCAACAUUAGUUGCAGACGAUAAAUAAAAUCUACUCUGAAUGCAUUGUUCAAUCAUUUUAUUAGGGUUACCCUGAAACAUUCAAGAAGACCUCCAAGGUCCCUUCCAAUUCUGUUAUUUUGUUCUAGUGGACAUUAUGGGGAGGCCUAGGCUCCCAGUGAUCCUGGAUGUUCACUCCUGUUCUAAUAGAAAUAAGUUAGCUGAAUGGAGCAUUUCAUAUAACUGAAUGAAGAAAUUUGUCCAUUUUGUGAAGAAAUACAAAUUUUAUAGUAUUCUUCAAUGUUAUACAUAUGAUUAUCACUUGGAAAUUUGCUUUCUUAGUAAAAGGAGUUCUAAGAAACCGAAAGACUGAUACAUGAAUUUCCAAAACAUGAUGGAGAAUCAUACACUCAUUGUCAGUUUUCAGCUACUAGAUUUUCCUGAACUACAUCAACUUGAACAUCUCAUUGGCUUCAUUCUUCUUGCAUCAUAUAUGAUUACUUUAGCUGGAAAUAUCAUGAUUAUCAUCCUGGUUAUUCAUGAUCCCCAACUACACAUCCCCAUGUACUUUUUCUUAGGUAAUCUUUCUUGCUUAGAAAUACUAAUCACAACCUCCAUUAUUCCCAAGGUACUGCUAAGUCUUUUGCUGGGCAACAAAUCUAUUUCAUACCCAGGGUGUCUUUCGCAGUGCUAUUUUUUCUUCUUCCUGGGAAGCAGUGAUUUUGUCCUUUUAGCAGUCAUGUCAUAUGAUCGGUAUGUGGCCAUUUGCAAUCCUUUGCAAUAUCCAGUGAUCAUGAGACAUGAGUUCUGCCUAUGGCUAGUUAUUAGCUGUUAUGCAACAGGUUUUUUGGGAACCAUUCUCCCCACCAUCCUAGUUACAAAUUUGUCUUUCUGUGACAGAAAUCAGAUUGAUCACUUUUUCUGUGAUAGCUUAGCCUUGAUGAAACUGGCCUGUACUGACACUAAUCUUGUGGAGUUAAUAAGUUUUUUCUCAUCCUCAGUGAUUGUGGUAGGGUCUUUCAUUAGCACCAUUAUAUCCUAUGUUUAUAUAGUCACAGUUAUUGUCCAGAUUCCAUCUUCCUCCGGAAGACAAAAGGCAUUCUCUACUUGUUCAUCCCACUUAACUGUGGUUAGUCUUGGGUAUAGCAGUUGCAUUUUCAUGUAUGUAAGGCCUUCAGGCAGCAAUCCAUCAACAAAUAAAAUUGUUUCUCUAAUCAAUACAGUAUUGACUCCUUUGUUGAGCCCAUUCAUAUUCAGUUUGAGAAAUAAGCAAAUGAAAGAGGCUGCAAAAACAAUUUUCAUAAAGCAUGCAGUCUAGUGAAGUUAAUUCACAUUCUCUCAAUGGAGAACUUCUGGAAGUUGUAAGUUGUAAGUUGCUGUGCAAUCAAGUUAACAUGAUCAAGUUCAAGUUAAAUAUUUAUGAACAACCCCUCCUUUCUCCAUGUCAUACUAGCAGUUGAUGAAAGAAUUAAUAUUUCUACCUAUAGUAUAAUCUGCACCUCAGAAUUGUACCUUAAAAGAAAACUAUGGAUGAAUAUCAAGGAAACAAAUGGUGGCAGGAUUCUUUUUUCUGCAAUAUAAUUAAAAGUGAUUGAUAACCAAACAUUCUUUUUGUUAGAUAAGGAAAAUUACUGGAUUCCUAUCAUUUUGUAUUUAAAAGAAUCAAUUGUUAAUAAAGAUUGGUAUUUAAUAUUAAGAUCAGGUAGCUAUGCAGAAAUAUUUAGUUUGCACUAUUUUUUUUUAAAAAAUGUCUUUUUUUAAAAUUGUGCAUUCCAGUCUACAUAUGUGUUUCUGAUGUGAGAAAGUGAAUGAAGUGUCUCUUCUAUACAUUUAACAGACCGAAAAGCAAAGCAAAUGUAUCUCUUGAAAAUUGACUUCAUGUUCCUAUUUAAUUUCAUUUUUGGAAUGAUCAAAAGUUAUGAAAAUGCUUGGACAAUUAUUAAAGUAAUGAAAACAUUCUGAAAAGAUUUUGCUGUUGCUGCUUUAGUAAAGAUAAUAAAGUUGCUAAUUUCAGGCUUUCCCUCA